CGCACGUGUGUCGGUGCUGUUUGAGGACUCAGAUUUAAGGUUUCCCCCUUUAAGACAAACACGGAGAAAAAGGAGAUUAAUCGUACAUCAUGACGUCGUUAGCUCACCAGCUGAAGAGGCUCGCGCUGCCUCAGAGCGAUGCCAACCUGCUGACCCGCAGGGAGGUCGCCUCGCUCCUCUUCGACCCCAAAGAGGCGGCGUCCAUGGACAGGAGCACCUUCUACGCCCUCGGAUGCACCGGGCUGGAGGAGCUACUGGGAAUCGAGCCGGCAUUCCUGGAGUUUCAGAGCACCCUGUUCAGUCCCGCCUCGACGACCCUGGAGCGCAGCAUCCAAUCCAAGGAGGUCAACAAGAAGCUGGACGCCGGCAUCUCGCUCUUCCUCACCCGCCUCUGCCCAUACUUCCUUCUCAAACCGGCUCACAAGUGCAUCGAGUGGCUCGUUCACCGCUUCCACAUCCAGCUGUACAAUGCCGACAGCCUGCUGGCCUGCGCGCUGCCGUAUCACGACACCAACGUGUUCGUCAGAGUCCUGCAGCUCCUGAAGAUCAGCGACGCCACGAGUCGCUGGAACUGGCUGCACGGCCUGCAGAAACCCGGCGUGCCGUUAUCCAGAGGAACUCUCAUCGCUCACUGUUACACUGACCUGAGCUUCAUGGACUUCAUCUGCAGCCUGGUGACCCGGUCCAUCGAGGCGUAUUCCGGACAUUCGGGAAGUUGCUCCCAGCUCAGAGUGAUCUUCUCUUUUUACGCCUCCACCAUCGUCCCCGCCCUGGACGCCGUGGACAGAGUGUCCAACACCAUCAUCUCCAAGCUGCUGCCAUACGUGCAGACGGGUCUGAAGUCGUCGCUGGCGGACUACAAAGCCGCCACCUACAUGAUCGUGUGCCAGCUGGCGGUGAAGGUGGUGAUGGAGGCGAGUCUGGUGGACAGCCUCGCCGUGCACAUCAGCAAGUCUCUGAUCAAAGAGCCCGUCCUCGCCAAGGAGGGCGUGGGCUGCCUCAUCGUGCUGCUGCAGAACCAGAAGGAGGGCGCCGUGGGGCCCAGAGCCGCCGGCCGUCUCUGCUCGAUGGCGGCGCUGGUGCCGACACUGCAGGUCAUGGCGGUGGUUCACGAUGUCAGCCCUCUGCUGCGCUACCUGCUGCCUCACCUGGUCCAAAGCGUGUUCAUCAGCAGCUCAGGUGAGACGAACAGGCUCGCAGUGCUGGAGUCCGUCCUGGAAUCCGUCCCGCUGACCAAAGACCUGGACUGCACCGCGGCCCGGUUGCUGCUGGACGAGUAUCUGAGUCAGAGCGAGCGCUCACCUGAAGAGCUGUCGGCCCUCGACCAGCGCCUGCUGCCUCUGGUGCGCCUGUUCGAGUCCAAGUACUGUGCAGCUCUGGACGGCGUCCUCGCAGGUCACGUGACCGACAUCGGCAGCACGGAGCAGAAACGGCUCUUCCACCGGUUUCUGUCUUUGUCGCUGAGCAGCGGGAAACAUCAGAUUUUAGGCGACUCGGACACGUCGCUGCUGCUCAGCCUGAAACACCCUCAGCCGUCGGUCAGAGUCUCGGCCGUGGAGCACCUGAAGGACGUCAUCGCCGCUGGACAGCAGCAGAGUCUGGAUGAGGACUUCCUGAAGGACGCCGUCACGGAGCGUUUGAAAGACGACUCGCUGGAGGUCGUAGCCGCCGCUCUCCAAGUCCUGGAGGUGGUGUUUGACGUUGUGGACCGCGAGGACGCCGUCUCGUGUCUGCUGUCUCUGCUGCACAGAGCCGAUCUGCCGGAGUCUGAGCGAUGGGUUCCCGUGCUGACAGAGGUGGUGCGUUUACUGUCCGACCCGCGGAUGGGAAAGGGGGACGGCGAGCUGGUGACGAGGACGGGCUGGAGGCUGCUGCCAUUCCUGGUCGUCACCUCGACCCAGCUCGACCUCGCCCGCUGCAUCGCCCGGUCCCCCCUCCUCGCCAAACACCCGCUCACCCUGAAUUGGGCCCGAGAGCUUGAUGACGUGAUGAAGAGAAGCGUUGAGCCCGACUUUGUGGGUGUGGCCAACGAGCGGCUGGUCUCCACGCUGACAAAGAACCUGGCGAACAUGGAGCACUUCUCCAGGCGCGACGCGCUGGAGAACCUCGCUGUGCUGGUGGAGCAGCAGCGACGCUCCAGUCUCAGGGAGCGUGCGGCGUUCCUGGUCCUGACCCGGACGCUGCUGCUUGGUCUGGGUGAGCUGAGCGAGACGCAGCACCUGCUCACCGCUCAGAGGGUCUACGCGCUCCUGGAGCGCCCCCUGCUGGAGGUCGUGAGGAGCGACGCGUCACAGGAAGCCGAGCGUCCCGUCUCCGUGCCUACCUCCUUCUCUGAGGCGGCGGCGCUCUACCUAAGCAGGUGUGCUCAGGGACAGCAGCCGGACACAGAGUACGGCUUCGUCCUCGUCGCUCUGCUCCGAGACUUCAUUUCCUGCCUCAAGUGUCACGACGCCUCCUUCAAAGGGGCGGCGUGGUGGAACCCAGAGAAGCUCGACACAAACACCUGCUGUUACCUGGGUCUGAUCUGCCGCCUGUUCGGCAUAAUCAUGAGUGGCGCCGCUGAGGGAGCGACGGCUGACAGCUUUAGAGAGCUGAUGAAGCUGCUCGUCCAGGUCCACCUGCGCGAACCGAGCGUGCUCUUCAGGUUCCUGUGCAUGCUGUGGGGAUACACCAGUAACCAUGGAGACCAGCUGGAUGUGAAGGUGGGCACCGUCCUGCAGACACGGGCGCUGUACAUGGGCGGAGCUCUGCUGAGCACCCAACCCGCCUCCAAGCUGAAGGAGCUGGCGGCCGCCAACUCACCAGUCGUCCCGUCUCUGCUCUGCUGUCUCACGUCUCCUGUUCGGGAGGUCCGGAGGGCGGCGCUCAGCGUCCUGCAGAGCCUAUCGGCAGCCAACACGUCCCCCUUCCAGCCAAUCACAGAGAAGCUCCUGUCGACAUCAGAGGAGAUCGUCGCCGACCCGUCCUACCUCAGCACGGUUCUCGGCGUGCUGCACGAUGAGUCGUCAGCCAGUAAAGCGAAGCCGCAGCAGAAGAAGCUGGCGGCGGCGAUGCAGCUGCUGGUGAGGAGCAUUCAGACUCCGAGCUGCCCGUCGUACAUCGCCGCCGCCCUGCUGAGAGCGCUGAGUGAGGUCAACGGACAGUCAGAGCUCUCCAGCCUGCUUCCUGUCCUCGAUCGCCUCCUGGAGACCGGCCCCGACACGCCCGCCCUGCUGCGGGCCGAGGCGCAGCUCCUGCAGCUCGUCCUGGGGAAGUACAACGAGGCGUCGGCGCCCCUGCUGGCCAAAGACCAGAACUGCCUGGACCUGUUCAUCAGAGCUCUGAAGACCUCCACGCAGCAGCACGCCGGCAUCCCGAGCUGCCAGAUCAUCGCUCUGGAGCAGAUCACAAAGCCCUUCUUCUCCACCCUCGCGGACGAGGCGGUGCAGCAGAAGCUGCUGUCGGCCAUGUUUGACCUGCUGGUGGAGAGCAGGAGUCCGGCGGUGGCCAACACCAUCAGCAGCGUCUUCAAAGCGGUCGUCGUUGACUGUCAGCUGCUGGCCAAUGAGCUCGUUCCUCCAGAAAAACCCAAAGUCAGCGUGACGGUGCAGCAGACCCGGCGGAGCCGACUGUCGCAGAGGAAACCUCAGGAGAGCAGCGAUGCGGCUCCAGAGGGGGGCGCCGUGUCGUGGCAGAGAGUCACUCUGAUCCUGGAGCUGCUGCAGCACAAGAAGAAACUGAAGAGAGCCCAGGUGUUGGUGCCGGUUCUGUUCUCUCUGCUCGCCAGGAGUAUGGAGCCGUGCUCCGAUGAGAACGCCAACACGGAGUACACCAAGCAGCUGCUGCUCAGCUGUCUGCUCAACAUCUGCCACAAACUGGCUCCAGGUGGAGGAGCUGUGGCUGCAGACGUCCUGGAUGAAGACAAGUUCAGCGUGGAGCUCGUGGUUCAGUGCAUCCGAACGUCCGACAUGCCGCAGACUCACCACCACGCCCUGCUGCUGCUGGGCACCGCCGCCGCCAUUUUCCCCGAGAAGGUCCUCCACAACAUCAUGCCCAUCUUCACCUUCAUGGGCGCCAGCAUCAUGCGGCUGGACGACGCCUACAGCUUCAGAGUCAUCGACAAGACUGUGCAGAUGGUCAUACCUGCUCUGAUCCAGGCCCAGCAGCUUUCUGAUGGAAGCUCCGCCUCUCACGUGAUGGCUGUGGUGACGAAGAUCAUGCACGUGUUUGCCGACGCGCUGCCCCACGUGCCCGAGCACCGGCGGCUGCCAAUCCUGUGUCAGCUGGUGACCACGCUGGGUCCCGCCCGUUUCCUCUGGGUCCUAAUGCUCCUCCUGUUCAAGCUGCACACCACACAGAGCGCCGGCUCCACCAGCGAGAAGGAUGCAGCGCUGGAGCGAGACGUGGACUUCUGGAUUUCUCUGUGCUGUCAGUUUGACAUCAGCGAUCAGCUAACCUCGCUCAUCAACAUCCUGAACUUCCUGCUGCAGCUGCCAGACGACAAAGAGGAUGCUCCAGUGAAACGGCCCGCCGCCCGGCGAGGAGCGAAGAAGGAGGAGGAGGAAAAGGUGGAGGAGCUGAUCUUCAGCGUGGAUGCUCACGGUGGCAAAGAGCUGCGACACUUCAAGUUCCUCUCCGUGUCAUUCGCGGCUCAGCUGCUCGGCUCGGCGAGCUUCAUCGGGAAGGUCGCGGACAGCGACGAUGACAUAGACGCAUCUCUGCAGCCACUGCAGCAGAGGCUGUUGGAGGACAUCCUGCGCUACAUCCACAGCAUCGCUCGCUGUGUGGAGGAGAACGCCGACAAACCCACCGCCAAGUUCUGGCGAGUUCUGCUGAAUAAAGCCUACGACGUCCUGGACAAGGUAAACGCGCUGCUGCCCACAGACACCUUCAUCACGGUGAUGAGGGGCCUGAUGGGAAAUGAGCUGGCGUCGGUCAGGAGGAAGGCCAUGGACCUGCUCAACAACAAACUGCAGCACAGAACACAGUGGGAUGCACAGCAGGUUACCGUGCUCCUCCAGCUGAUCGGCGAAUUGCUGAACAUUGUGGGCAAAGAUCACAGGAAGUUCGCGGACGGAGCGGAGCAGGCCAUCAACCGCCAGACGGCGCUCUUCAGCCUCAAGCUGCUCUGUCGCAGUUUCGGGUCCGACCACCAGGAGACGUUCGUGCCCGUGCUGCUGCAAACCGUGGAGCUCGUCGCGGCGGCAGAGGAGGAGAAGAACGUGACGGGCAGCGCUCUGCUCUGCAUCGCCGAGGUGGUCAGCACACUGAAGGCCCUCGCCAUCCCGCAGUUACCCAGGUUGAUGCCAGCCAUACUGCACGCGCUCACAAACAGGAAGGAGCUUCUGACCAAUGAGAUCUACCUGCUGAGCGCCGUCACUGCCCUGCAGCGGGUCGCAGAGACGCUGUCACACUUCAUCAGCCCAUACCUGCACGACGCCACCUUACAGGUGUGUCGGCUGACACGGCUGAUGGAGACUUCCUCCUCCUCCUCAUCCUCCUUUGCCCAGCUCUCCAUCCGUCUCGCCUCCCUGAGGAGCACCCUUGCCACCAAACUGCCCCCCAGGGUCCUACUGCCCACCAUUAGCAGGUGCUACAACACUAUGGUGGUCGAUAAGAAGAGUCAGCUGGGGGCGCUGCUGAGCAUCCUGAAGGAACACAUCACUCACAUGGAGAAAGACCAGCUCAGCUUCCACCAAUCAGAGCUCACCACCUUCUUCCUCACCGCACUCGACUUCCGCUCCGAGCAUUGCCAGGGCGAUCUGGAGAAGACGGCGCAGGUCGAGGGCUGCGUGAUCGACUGCCUGAUCGCCAUGGUGAUGAAGCUGUCAGAGGUCACGUUCAGGCCGCUCUUCUUCAAGCUCUUCGACUGGAGCAAAUCGGAGCGUAAAGAUCGUCUGCUGACUUUCUACCGGCUGUCCGACCGCAUCGCCGACCGCCUCAAAGGACUCUUCGUGCUGUUCGCAGGAAACCUGGUGAAACCAUUCGCAGACCUGCUGAGACAAACCAACAGCUCCAGCACAGAGUCGCUGCUCUUCGACUCCGAGGACGAUGGCGAGGAGAAGAGCUGCCUGCUGCUGCAGUACGUCCUCGACUGCCUCCACAAGACCUUCCUGUACGACUCGCAGCGCUUCCUGAGCCGCGAGCGAGCCGACGCCCUGCUGAGCCCGCUCGUAGACCAGCUGGAGAAUCGAAUCGGUGGCGAGCAGCGAUACCAGCAGCGCGUAACCCAGCACCUGGUGCCCUGCGUCGGGCAGUUUGCUGUGGCGAUGGCCGACGACUCGCAGUGGAAGACCCUCAACUAUCAGAUCCUCCUGAAGACCAGGCACUCUGACGCCAAGGUGCGUUUCUCCUCUCUGCUGAUGCUCAUGGAGGUGGCGUCCAAACUGAAGGAGAACUACAUGGCGCUGCUGCCGGAGACCAUCCCCUUCCUGGCUGAACUCAUGGAGGACGAGUGUGAAGAGGUGGAGCUGCAGGUCCAGAAGGUGAUCCAGGAGAUGGAGAACAUCCUGGGAGAGCCGCUGCAGAGCUACUUCUAACACGCAUGCUGGUGUGAAGCUUCAGCAGAAACAUAAAUAUUCUGAUUCUGAUGUUUUUCAUGUGAGAAAUAAUAAACAUUUGUGU